AUGUUCAAAAAGAAGCCUACGAUUAAAAAUCUUUCUCCCUUGCGGUCUUCGGACCGUCGGAAAAUUGCCGACCAGAUUAUCAAUGACUACAAAAUCGAGAUUCCGCCAACUACCCAAGCGGAAGAUUCAACCACCCCCAGCGCAUCGAACCAUACAUUGCCGAACCUCACCUCCAUCCGAAAUGCUCUGCUCCCCGAGAAUUCGCUCUCAGCGCGCUUCACAACGACUGCUGGCCCUCGGCUCCAAGAAGUCCAAGGGACAGUGUACGUUGGGACACAUCCCGGGGCUGAGGAACGCAUCCUGUGGUUUAAGCUAGAUCACGGUCCUGGUGCUGAUGGGCGCCUUUACCCUACCGUCUACACUUUGUGGAAUAAUCCAAAUGUGGUCCCGCUGCUGUAUACUCCGGAGCUAGUGAUGGGUAAGCUUCGAGGAGGAGCGGAUUUGAUGACACCUGGUCUUGCGAACGAGCCGCCCUUCCCGCAGCGCGCAGUUAAGGGAGCAGUGGUGGCUGUCGCUGGUUUGGAUCGACAUACCGUGCCAUUAUUUCUUGGAAUCUGCGAGAUUGAUAUUUCUGCUCUUGGCGAAGUCCAGGGCACAAAAGGACAUGCCGUUCGGGGCUUGCACUGGGAGGGCGAUGAGCUCUGGGCAUGGAGUUCGUCGUCCCGGCCGGGACAGCCAGCCCCAGAGUACCUUGAGGGCUGGGAUGAGGACGCUUCAGAUAGGGGCGAACAGGUGGGGGACAUCGCAGAAGGCGUUGAUGAACUAGCAUUAGCUGAAAAGGAGACUUCUCAAACAGAAGGGCAAGAAGAGCCCGUAGGUGAGGUCCGGGAGAAUCAGCCUGAAGAAGUAGAGGAAGAAACUCUAGCUGAAAAGGAACCUUCGAUGAAAGAAAUCGACGAGGCGUUUGAAAAAGCAUUUCUCUAUUCCUUAUACAAGCUUAAGCAAGAUAAUCCCUCUUCCCCAAACCAUGGACUAUCCCUACCCGUGCAACCUUCUGCUCUAGUCUCGAAUAUGAUCACGCCAUACCUGCCUAUAUAUACUACGCAACAGGCGCAAUUCUACCAGAUCAAAAAGACGAGCUGGAAGAACGUCAAAAAGUUCAUCAAGUACUUGGACAAACAGCGCCUAGUCAAAUCGAAAGAUCGCAAUGGUCAGGAAACGGUUAUCUUAGAUGUGGAUUUUGACGAUCGCCGAGUUGAACAGUUCGUUCCUUAUAAGCUACCCAACAAGAAUGCUGUUGAAGGCACUGGAAAGUCUGGAAGCAAGAAGCCUGCAGCUAGUGAAGGUGACCCUUCUGUUGGCCAAGUUCUUACUGUCCAGACGCUCUACCGGCCAACACCAAAGCUCGUACCAACUAUCUUCCCACCUUUGUCCAGCAGCGACCCAAAUAACUUCUAUAAGCAUACUGACGUCUCCAACCACCUGGACCAAUAUCUUCAGUCUCAAGAUCCUCCGAUUAUCAGCAAGGAGAACCGCCGGAUCAUUAAUCUCAAUCCAUUCCUCGCCAACGCCAUCUUCACAUCGUCUGCUGCCGACGACAAAAGCACCGUUGCUCGAGGAAAAACAACACGCGAUGGUCUCUUGAAACGGGUUCUAGAAGACCACUCCCUCAUGACUGGACAUUACGUUAUCCUCCGCACCGGUCAGACGCUGUUGGACGUGAAGCCCAGGCCUGGGGCAGCCCCCAAGGUCAAUGUAACUAUUGAGCGUCGAACGGGUUCGAAGACUAUCACCAAGGUGUCCAAUCUGGAGGUCUUUGGCAUUAUCCCCAGCUUGCUGGCGGAGGAACUGCAGAAGAAGUGUGCCAGCAGCACCAGUGUAGCUCAAGCUACCGGUGCAGCUAAGGGGAUCAUGGAAGUUCUUGUUCAGGGUGACCAGCGGCGCGCAUUGGAGACGGCGCUGGCGCGACGGGGUGUGAAGACACAAUGGAUUGAAGUGGCGGACAAGACUAAGAAGAAAAAAUAA